AUGGCCUGUUCAGUUAGAUCACCAAUUUGUGUGAUAAAUUCACUAGACCAACGCAUCUUCAUCUCAGUAAUUCAAUGUGAAAUGCACAUUGCCGAUAAUGUGCAGGAUAAAAUAACCAAGCAAAAUGGUGAUUCAACAGAUUUCUUUCGGGGCUAUAACACCAUUCACGCACCAUUGACCUCAAAGAUUUCUGAUAAAAGUACACAUCAAAGAAAUGAGAAACGUGGGCCUCUGUCUAACUGCAGCUUAGCUGACGUCAGGAAUAGGUCUGGUGUCGUCAUGUUGACUACAACCAACCUUGGCUUCAUGGAUAUGACUCUCAACAUGCUGAAAAGUAUCAAACUAACAAAAGUCUGUGUGAAUACUACCGUCAUUGCAGAAGACCAGAAAUGUUACCGGUAUCUGAGCGAAAGAGCCGAGGGUGACCCAGCAGUGCAUGUGGUGUUGACUAACUCAGGAGAAUCACAGAGCGAGGAACUUAUGCGGAGCAGUCGCCGCUCAUACUAUGCACUCUUCAAUAAGCGUCAGGAGUAUGUUCUGUCUUUACUGGAGCAAGGCUUGGAAGUUUUGUUCACCGACGCCGACACGUUUUGGUUCCGAGAUCCCUUUCCUUACUUCCGGGGAGACUUUGACAUGUCUAUGAUCGAUCCAAGAUCCCCUUAUCCAAACCGAACUGAAAAAUCGCACUACUGUGCCGGGUUUGUUUAUUUCAAGCCAACAAACGUGACAGUCCUGUUUGUUAACACUUGGAUUAAUGCCAUAAAACACAAUGAUAAAAUAGGAAGACUAUUGGCGGAUCAGGACCAGAUGAACUUUCUUCUUCGAGCAGAUCAACCUGUUCAUGUCAACGUUCAACCGCUCGACACAAACAUUUUCCCCUGGGGGCCAAAGUUUUACGAACUCUUGGCAAAGAAGGCCAAUUACUCUACUGUGGUAAUGCACGCCGCCAGUAUCCAUGGACAUGCCGCGAAGGUCAAGAAAUUUAAAAGUUCCAACAUGUGGUUAGUAGAUACAUUUGAAGUGUCUCAUAAGAACAUGGUCUCAAGAUUUCAUGGUGUUUCUUUACUUUUGAUUUUGACUUUAGCUUUAGCUGUUGGAUGUUGUUGUUGCUUUUGUUGUCUUUAUUGGUGCUGUUUUCCUGACCACCCAGAAUUCGACUAAUCUAUGUUAUAUAUUAUAUUUGAGCAGAUUCGCUGAUGAAUUAUGCAAGACAGCCACAUCUUGACUUCUAGAUUUUGACCAAUCAGCGGGCGCUUUCUUUGUCGGGUCUUUGGUCAUUCACUCGUUGUCGCGUCUAGACAUGGACAUUGUUGUUGCUUUUGUUGUCUUUAUUGGUGCCGUUUUCAUGACACCCUAGAAUCCGACUGGCACUUACACCUCCAUCCACGCAGCUAAACAAAUGCUGUUUCAUGAAAGGAUCGAUACAUGCCAAAAAAGGCGUACUGGGGAAGGGGCAAGACAUGUCUCCCCCCUUUGGCUUGAGGACGCCAUUGGUAAAAUGUCAGAGAUGAAACUUUUCAGAUUUUAAUCUGAAAUCAGAUUUUUAAAACUUUUCCAAUGAAAUUUCAGAUUUUUUAACCAUCCCACAAAAAUGUUUUCUUAAGGAUUUUUUCACAAAACGUUUUUUUUUUAAUUAUUAUUUCCGAGUUGGUAGGCGAGCUAGAGGAAUUUUAAUGCUAUAUGUAAUUGUCAAGGCGGAAGACAAUGGCUAUAUAAAAUGUCUAUAUAUGUUAUACUUCUGCUUUAAGUUGAGAUACCUCCAGAUGUAUUACAGAAUGGGUAUUAUUUUGUCUUUCACAAUACAAGUGUGUGUGUCUUAAUAAAGUGGUGGACAAUCGCUUUAUAAAAUGUCUACUUAGGCCUUUAUGUGAGAAACCUACCGAUACUUUUUUCCACACUUAUAAACAAAACUAAAAUGCACUUAUAAAUCGCCAAUUAAAACAAAAAAGUUUAGUCUGCCCAAUAACACAAACGUCUUGUAGAUUUCCUGUAAGGCACUUUAAGCAAAGCAGCUCCAACAUACAUGUACAUGCUUUCAUGAUACUGCCAGCCAAUGUCCUUCCAUUGAGAGCCCAAAAAUUGACUUGGCGUAUAACCUUUUUUUGCACAAGUAGAAUAAAGUCCCUGUUAGGACCAUGUAAU